ACCUCAUCAUCUUGUUCUCUAAAUUUCCUUCGAGAAUUGAGCUCCCCCAAACAAUGACUAGUAAAACUAGUAGUAGUCAUAUAGGAAUGUAAUGCGUUGUUUCUGUGGUCAUCCCUUGCAUCAGUUUUCAGAAUAUAUGGCCUCUUUUCUCCAAUCAAACUAAGAUUCUUCUAUAGUUUAUUAAUCUCUCUCAGUAACACACACCCUUUUUGCAUGGGACUUGUCUCUUAAACCCCCUCAACUAAGCCCCUCUUCAAUCAUCAUCUUUCUUCAGUCAAAAUUCCAAUCAAACUUUUCUAUCAUACAUUCCCAAUUUCACUACUCACACUUUUCUUUCCUCCUCUACUGCUCCUUUUAGUAACUCCCCCUAACCUCCCUUUCCAUAACUUCCUCAUUCUCUUCCUUUUCCCCUUUUAAAUACUCAUUCUAUAUGUGUUCUUCUCAUUAGGGUCAAGCUUAAAGUCUCACUUUUCAUAAUCAAGUUUCUGAUCCUUUUUGCACUUUUGGUGACCCUUUUCUCUGUUUGAUCUUUUUCUAACAAGAGAUCGAUCAGAACCCACAAAAAAAAAAUCAACCUUUUUGGAUCAUAUAGCCUAAAAAGUGAUGACAAACUCUGAAGCUGCAGCUCAAGUAGCUAUGGAGAUAGAAGCAAGCAAGCCAACAGGGAAUGGGACAGUUUUACCAGGGCUGAGUCCUCUGAGUGAGACCCUCUGGAGGGACAAGACACACACAGAGUUCAUUGGAGAUGUCUCAGCAAGGCUCACAUGGAAGGAUCUGACUGUGAUGGUCACACUCAGCAAUGGAGAGACACAGAAUGUUCUGGAGGGUUUAACUGGUUAUGCUGAACCUGGUAACUUCACUGCUCUCAUGGGUCCUUCUGGUUCAGGGAAAUCUACUCUGCUUGAUGCUCUGUCUAGUCGUCUAGCAGCAAAUGCGUUCCUCUCAGGGACUAUUCUCCUCAAUGGUCGUAAAGCCAAGCUCUCUUUUGGCACUGCAGCUUAUGUGACACAAGAUGACAACUUGAUUGGCACUCUCACGGUCCGAGAAACCAUUGCUUAUUCUGCUCGUCUGCGUUUGCCUGAUAAGAUGCCAUGGUCAGAUAAACGAGCUCUGGUUGAGAGCACCAUAGUGCAAAUGGGUCUUCAGGAUUGUGCUGACACAGUGAUUGGGAACUGGCACUUGCGUGGGAUCAGUGGAGGAGAAAAGAGAAGGGUUAGCAUUGCCUUGGAAAUCUUGAUGAGGCCAAGGUUGCUUUUCCUUGAUGAGCCAACAAGUGGACUUGACAGUGCUUCAGCUUUCUUUGUGACUCAGACAUUGCGUGCUUUGGCAAGGGAUGGACGAACUGUGAUAGCCUCAAUUCAUCAGCCUAGCAGUGAAGUGUUUGAACUAUUUGACCAAUUGUACUUGCUUUCUGGAGGCAAAACUGUUUAUUUUGGCCAAGCUUCAGAAGCAUAUGAGUUCUUUGCACAAGCUGGUUUUCCAUGCCCUGCUCUGAGGAACCCUUCUGAUCAUUUCCUUAGGUGCAUCAAUUCUGACUUUGACAAAGUCAAAGCCACUCUUAAAGGCUCCAUGAAACUCAGGUUUGAGGGAAGUGAAGAUCCCCUGGACAAGAUUACCACUGCUGAAGCUAUCAGAACUCUUAUUGACUUCUACCGCACUUCCCAGCAAUCUUAUGCUGCAAGACAAAAAGUGGAUGAGAUUUCCCAAUUUAAAGGAACAGUGCUUGAAGCUGGAGGAAGUGAAGCUAGUUUCUUGAUGCAGUCUUACACCUUAACAAAGCGCUCAUUCAUCAACAUGUCAAGGGACUUUGGAUACUAUUGGCUUAGGCUUGUAAUCUACAUUGUAGUCACUAUCUGCAUUGGAACCAUCUAUUUGAAUGUUGGAACAGGCUACAACUCAAUUCUGGCUAGAGGUUCAUGUGCAUCAUUUGUCUUUGGUUUUGUCACAUUCAUGUCAAUUGGUGGAUUCCCUUCAUUUGUUGAAGACAUGAAGGUUUUCCAAAGGGAGAGGCUGAAUGGCCACUAUGGUGUCACUGCAUUUGUCGUCAGCAACACGGUAUCUGCAACGCCAUUCCUGGUAUUGAUCACCUUCCUCUCAGGAACGAUUUGCUACUUCAUGGUUCGCCUGCAUCCUGGCUUCUCGCAUUAUGUGUUCUUUGUGCUGUGCCUCUAUGCCAGUGUCACAGUGGUUGAAAGCUUGAUGAUGGCAAUCGCUAGUAUUGUCCCGAACUUCCUCAUGGGUAUCAUAAUUGGAGCAGGGAUUCAAGGCAUAUUCAUGUUGGUCUCUGGCUACUUUAGGCUCCCACAUGAUAUCCCGAAGCCGGUGUGGCGCUACCCAAUGUCAUACAUCAGUUUCCACUUCUGGGCAUUACAGGGGCAAUACCAGAAUGAUCUGAGAGGCUUGGUAUUUGACAAUCAGAAACCGGAUCUUCCAAAGAUUCCAGGUGAAUACAUCCUCGAGAACGUGUUCCAGAUUGAUGUCAGCCGAUCGAAGUGGGUCAAUCUCAGCGUGAUCUUGAGCAUGAUUGUGAUUUACCGCAUCAUCUUUUUCAUCAUGAUCAAGAUCAAUGAGGAUGUCACCCCUUGGGUGAGAGGCUACAUGGCUAGGAGAAGAAUGCAGCAGAAGAGUGGAGCACAGAACACAACUAUUGCCCCUGAUGUUCUCACUCAGUCUCCUUCUCUAAGAGCCUACAUUUCCACUCAAACAAAAAAUGGCACUUCCACCUCUCAUUAAUAAACAUUUCACUUAACUUGUGACAUGUGAAUUUCCUGUAUCCAAGUUUCUCUCUUCAUAUAUAGAUAUGAAAUAGUUGGGUUGUUAUUAAAAAUUGGUGAAUGUUCAUGAAGAGGAAAAGUGGAUACAAAUUUCAUAUGACAAGGUAAUGUGAAAUUGUAUUAUGAGAGAAUCAUUCCCAUGGCCUUCAAGAAAGAAAAAAGAAAAUGAACUAUCGAUCUUUUAUUAUUAAAUAGGAUUAGCUAUAUAUAACUUAGAUUCUUAUUAUUAUUUUUUUAAAUCUUUGGUCUUGAUAUAUAAAAUCCUGGAGUGUCCAUUAUUGAGUCAUCUUAGUCUUCUGUUUGUAAUUUUUCUGACCCCAUUGGCAACAUAUAUUUCACUGUUCACCAAAUUCUAUC